GCUGCUAAGAAAGCCAACGGGAUUCUGGCCUGCAUCAAUAGGGGAAUAGCGUCUAGAUCCAGGGAAGUCAUGCUCCCCCUCUAUUCUGCCUUGGUCAGACCACACCUGGAAUACUGCGUCCAAUUCUGGGCACCACAGUUGAAGGGAGAUGUUCACAAGCUGGAAUGCGUCCAGAGGAGGGCAACUAAAAUGAUCAAAGGUCUGGAGAACAAGCCCUAUGAGGAGAGGCUCAAAGAGCUGGGCAUGUUUAGCCUGCAGAAGAGAAGGCUGAGAGGAGACAUGAUAGCCAUGUACAAAUAUGUGAGGGGAAGUCAUAGGGAGGAGGGAGCAAGCUUGUUUUCUGCUGCCCUGCAGACUAGGACGCGGAACAACGGCUUCAAACUACAGGAAAGGAGAUUCCACCUGAACAUCAGGAAGAACUUCCUGACUGUGAGAGCUGUUCGGCAGUGGAACUCUCUUCCUCGGACUGUGGUGGAGGCUGCUUCUUUGGAGGCUUUUAAGCAGAGGCUGGAUGGCCAUCUGUCGGGGGUGCUUUGAAUGCGAUUUCCUGCUUCUUGGCAGGGGGUUGGACUGGAUGGCCCAUGAGGUCUCUUCCAACUCUACUAUUCUAUGAUUCUAUGAUUCUAUGAACAGACAACCAGUGCAUGCAAGGAAACAUCUGGGACUAUCAGUUAUUGUGCUUGCACAGAUCAGGCAGCUGCCAACAGGAUAGGGUAGGAAACUGACCCCUGCAAAGCUGGGAGGAUGGGUUGUGUUCCUCCUUGCUUCUGAAUGUUCUGUUGUUCAAACACCACUUAUCUUCACUCUCUUGUCAGUUUCCCCCAGAAGAGCAACAUUAAGGACAUCCAGAAGAUAGCCUGAAUAAAAUUGUAUGUAUGCAGCUGAUAAAACCAAGCAUCACCUGAGAUUUGCAGAAUUCAUAGAUCUUCUGUCUAACCAGAAUCUGCAUAAUUGUUCAAGAGAGUGACUAUGGAAAUGCGUAAAAGGAAAGCUGCAUCUAUUUGCAUAGUUUGAAUAGCUCAAUAUUUUAAUCCAUGGUGUUUAAUAGGUAUACUAUAUAUAUGUUUGCUUUUCCCUGUCUCAGCUCCAUAGCUUUGGUAGGGCAAGUGAAGUCUUCCAAUACUGGAGAGUCUGGAAGAUUGAGGGAUAUGCCCCUUCUUGAGUUCAUUGGUUUUUCAGUAACCACAAUUGUCUUAAUCAUCAUUGGACUCAUCUCCAAUGGCUUUAUUGUUACAACAAUUACCAUUGAAUGGACCAAAUUUGGAGCCUUGCUUCUAUUGAACAGCUCUUUCUGUGUUUGGGGCUGGAGUGUAACUGUUUCUAUUUUUCAUUCAUGAUUUCACAAUAUUCAGCUUCAAGCAAAACAUGGCACUAAAAUGCUCUUCCCAGUUUCUAUAUUUGCUGUCUUCUCCAGAUUUUGGCUCAGUGCUUGGCUUUGUGUUUUCUGUUGCAUCAAGAUAGUAAACAGCAUCCAUUUCCUCUUCCUUUGGUGCAAACUGAGGAUAUCAUGGCUAGUACCACAUCUUAUUGCAGGAUCUCUGCUCAUAUCCAUUUUUGGUUCCCUGGAGGCAUUGGAAAUGGAUUCUAUACACCUCCAAAACAACAUAACAACAAUGGUUCCAAAAUUGAGCCAAGGAAAAUUACUGAGAGCUAGUGAUCUUCAUUUCCAAUUCUUUUUAGAAAAAAAUGGUUCAUGUUCUCCCCUUUUUAUAGUUUUACUUUGUUCCACUCUGGUUGUUGCCUCACCCUUUAGACAUGUUUGUUGGAUGACAGGUAAGGACAUUUUUAGAGGUUUUCAAAGUAAAGCUCAUAUUGAGGCAACUGGAACAGUGUUCUCCUUGCUGUUGAUUUAUCUUUCAUGUUUUGUGAUACAGACUUUGUCUAUGACUACAGAUACAUACACUGAAAGAUUCUUUGUUUCAGCAGCGAUGAUGGCAUAUGGUCUAGUUCAGGCUGCCAUUCUGGUUUUGAGGAUCAUUGGAUCCAAUUAAUCACUGUUUAAGCAAAAUAAUUGUUAACUAUAGCUUACAGUUAGAGGGGUUGCUUGUGGGGUGUUUAUAUGUAUUGGAAAUUGCUUAAGAAAAAAGGGACAUUGCUGAGCUAGAAGGAUUUAAGAGUUAAGAGAUUAAAGGCCUUGAGUUUGAGAUAUGUAAUCUGCACUGAUGUAUCAAAACUAAUAGGUGAAAUGAGCAGGGAUAGCACAACCCCAGGGUUAUGGCCUGGAAGAUGGCAAGAAUAAUAAUACAACUAAUAAUAAUACUUUAUUUGUAGCCAACCAUAUCUCCCCUAGGGGACUCAGGGCAACUUCCAAAAUAAUAAAGGAAAACAUUCAAUGCCUGUAUAAAAUAAAGUAAAAAUAUUAACAACAAACAAUACAAUACAUUACAUAAGUUAAAACAUGUAACUUAAAACAAAUAAAACAAGUAAGAUAAUUUAAAUAAUUAUCAGUUAAAUAAUCAACACUUAAGCCAUUAAAACCAGCUAAGGUGGAAUAUCAAGUUCAUUUCCUUUCCAUUCUACUUAUCAGUGUUGUAAGCUCUAUUCUUCCUUCUCGCCAUAUGCUUGCGAGCAUAAGAAUGGUUUACGUUGCUUUUUAAAAUCGAGUAAGGAGGGGCCAUUUUGCUCUCCUUGGAGAAGGCAUUCCAAAGACAAGGGGCAGCCACUGAGAAGGCAGCCUCUCCCAUUCCCAGCAGCCAUGCUUGGGAUAUAGGUCGGACUGAGAGUAGGGCCUCCUCGGCUGAUCGAAGAACCUAGGCAGGUUUAUACAAGAAGAUACAGUUUUCUAGAUAGCCUGGGCCUGAACCCACAUUAGUAUCUUAGCCAUUCCUCCCACAGACAGCAGGGGGAAUUGAAAUACAGACAGGGAACAGAGGGAACAGUUAAGUAUAGCUUUGAAAUAAGGGGCAUUGACAUCCUGAAGAGUUCAAAUAUUAACAAAUUAAAGCUGUAUGGGUGAACAAAACAUUAUGUCGGUUAAUAUUUAUGGUUUGGGAUUACAAUUUAAAAAGUGUAGGCUAUGGAAGCUUCUAAAGGAAAACCAAAUACAGAUUGCAUUUCUGCAGAAGACCCAUAAAAAGAAAAACAGAUCUAAAUUAUUAAGUUUUAGCAAUUGGAUUUCUCAAUUCGAAUCUAGAGGUACAAAUAAAUCCCAAGGGGUAGCCAUUAUCAUAAAAAAUUACCUGGAUUUUGAAUUAGAAAAAAUAAUAACAGAUGCCAACAAGAGGUUUAUAAUGGUAAGAGAGAAAAUAAAUUAUUGAAAGGACUCACUAAUCAGUGUCUAUGCCCCCAACUGGAACCAGAUAAGAUUUAUGAAUAAAACUGUUAAAAUACUAGAGCAGCAGGUAGUAGGGGACAUAAUCAUUGGAGGAGAUCUGAACUGUGAAUUAUAUAAUAAAAGAUAUAAAAGGGGUAAACAACAACAACAACAACAACAACAACAACAACAACAACAACAACAACAACAACUUAAUUCUUGUAUCCCACCACCAUCUCCCUGAAGGGUCUUGGGGUGGCAUACACAAGGCACAAGGUGCCUAAAAACAAGAUAUGAAAUAAAACACAGUAUAAAAUACAAUUGACUAAAACACAUAAGAAUGUAACACCAGCAUAAAACUCAGAAUAAAACAGCUAUUUUAGGAGCAACAGAAUGCCUGAUAUAAAGGAGAAUAUAAUAUGAGAUGCUUUUAAAGCUGUGAUUAGGGGUAGAUACAACACAAUGGAAAAGGAUAUUCAAAGAAAUUUAAGGAGAGACGUGAGACAUUAAAACAGGAACAACACAGAUUAUUUCAGACCCUCCAAAACAACCCAUACAGAAACAUGGAAAGAAACUAAAAAGCAAAUAUAUAAUUUAGAGAAAAUUAAAGUAACAAACAUAUGUUAGUAAGGAAUGACUUCCAGAUUAAUUCUAUAAAUAAUACCAAGAGACUGGCUAGUUAACUAAAAAAAAGAAAAGAAAGAGAGUGACAAGAUAUCGACAUUUAUUUAUUUAUUUUAUUUACAGCAUUUAUAUUCCGCCCUUCUCACCCCGAAGGGGACUCAGGGCGGAUCACAUUACACAUAUAGGCAAACAUUCAAUGCCUUUUAACAUAGAACAAAGACAAGACAAUCAUAGGCUCCGAGAGGGGCUCGAACUCAUGACCUCCUGGUCAGAGUGAUUCAUUGCAGCUGGUUACAGCUGCCUUGCUCUCCAGCCUGCGCCACAGCC